AUGGAGUUCCUUCUUAAACUCAUCACUUUUCUACUAUUUUCUAUGCCUGCAAUCACUUCCUCCCAAUACUUUGGAAAUAACCUUCUCACCAAUAGAAAGAUUUUCCAAAAACAAGAGGAAGUUUCCUCUUACGCUGUGGUAUUCGAUGCUGGUAGCACUGGUAGUCGCGUUCAUGUUUACCGUUUUAACCAGAACCUAGAUCUUCUUCAUAUUGGCAAAGGUGUUGAGUAUUAUAAUAAGAUAACACCUGGUUUGAGUUCAUACGCUAAUAAUCCAGACCAGGCUGCAAAAUCUCUCAUUCCACUUUUAGAGCAAGCAGAAGAUGUGGUUCCUGAGGAUCUUCAGCCCAAGACACCCGUUAGACUCGGGGCAACUGCAGGUUUAAGGCUUUUGGAUGGGGAUGCUUCUGAAAAGAUAUUGCAAUCGGUAAGAGAUAUGCUGAGCAACAGAAGUACCUUCAACGUUCAACCCGACGCAGUUUCUAUAAUUGAUGGAAUCCAAGAAGGUUCUUAUCUAUGGGUGACAGUUAACUAUGCAUUGGGAAAUUUAGGGAAAAAGUACACAAAAACCGUUGGAGUAAUAGAUCUUGGAGGAGGAUCAGUUCAAAUGGCAUAUGCAGUGUCAAAGAAAACCGCUAAAAAUGCUCCAAAAGUUGCAGAUGGAAGUGAUCCAUACAUCAAGAAGAUCGUGCUCAAGGGAAUACCAUAUGAUCUCUAUGUUCACAGUUACUUACACUUUGGUAGAGAAGCAUCUCGAGCCGAGAUUUUGAAGCUCACUCAAAAUUCUCCUAACCCUUGCCUUUUAGCUGGGUUUAAUGGAAUCUAUACAUAUUCAGGAGAAGAGUUUAAGGCAACUGCUUACACUUCUGGUGCAAACAUUAACAAAUGCAAAAACACAAUUCGUAAGGCGCUUAAGUUGAAUUAUCCAUGUCCAUAUCCGAAUUGCACUUUCGAUGGAAUUUGGAAUGGUGGAGGAGGAAAUGGACAGAAAAACCUUUUUGCAUCUUCAUCUUUCUUUUACCUACCUGAAGAUACCGGUAUGGUUGAUGCAAGCACACCUAAUUUCAUACUUCGGCCGGUCGAUAUUGAGACCAAAGCUAAACAAGCUUGCGCGUUAAACUUCGAGGACGCGAAAUCGACUUAUCCGUUUCUUGAUAAGAAAAAUGUAGCAUCAUAUGUAUGCAUGGAUCUUAUAUAUCAGUAUGUGUUACUCGUUGAUGGAUUUGGUCUUGAUCCAUUGCAAAAGAUUACAUCAGGGAAGGAAAUUGAAUACCAAGAUGCUAUUUUGGAAGCUGCAUGGCCUCUAGGCAAUGCUGUAGAAGCCAUAUCAGCUUUACCUAAAUUUGAACGAUUGAUGUAUUUUGUUUAA